AAUUGCGUCACACUCUGCCUCCGACUCCACAACACUCCUUCCUCAGCUCCGCCUCUCCCCUCUACGCCAAUCCCAGCAGCGCCGCCGCCUUUCCGUUCCCCGUUGCUCUACGCCGCUCUCCUGACGCUCCUACUCUCGAGUCGCCUCCUCUACUCCUGCGUCGACCCACGGCUUCUCCUCCGGUGACGCUGACUCGACAAAACACACACAAAAGUCAUAGCAAACAACCCGGUCUUACAUAAGUUUUGAAAAUGUCGUAUAUGCUUUCUCAUUUACACAAUGGCUGGCAAGUAGACCAGGCCAUUCUUUCAGAAGAAGACCGUGUGGUGGUCAUUCGCUUUGGGCAUGACUGGGAUCCUACUUGUAUGAAAAUGGAUGAAGUUUUGUAUAGUAUUGCUGAAAAGGUGAAAAAUUUUGCUGUUAUUUACCUUGUGGAUAUCACAGAAGUACCAGACUUCAACAAGAUGUAUGAACUGUACGAUCCCUCUACAGUCAUGUUUUUCUUCAGAAACAAACACAUAAUGAUUGAUUUAGGCACAGGCAACAACAACAAAAUUAACUGGGCGAUGGAAGACAAGCAAGAGAUGAUUGACAUCAUAGAAACACUUUAUAGAGGUGCUCGUAAAGGUAGAGGUCUUGUUGUAUCACCCAAAGACUACUCAACCAAAUAUAGAUAUUAAUGCUUUGGACCUUUAUAAAAUAAAUGUUUGUAUAUAAUGCCUUUGCUUGUUUACAUCUUUUCAUUGUGAGUAUGUUUGAAAUUACAUAAAUAUUUUCAUG